CACAUUGUUACAGAAUUUGGGUGAUGCAGUAUGGUGCUCAAUUUUGCCUCUGCAUGCCUCAGGAGGCUCUGCAAGUGCUUCACACCAUCCAUACAGCGCCUCCAACCACAUUUUUGGAUCAAGCAUAAAUUGGCUCUUAAUCUACAUGGGAAGCCUGUCAGACCCUAGUGCAGUUGUAAGCAAGCGGGUCGGAUCUGCUGGUUAGCUAGCCAGUCAGUCUGCGAGUGCUCCUCUUGCUCCAGCAGAAAUGUCGGAUAUGAUCCUAUUUGCUGAUGUUUGGAUUUCGUGCCAACAAUUCAAGUUUCUACAGGUCUGAGCCAUUACACCAGCCUUGUUUUUUUUUUGUCUUCAAGAUAUCCAUUUUCUGAAUACAAAGAAUGACACUGAUUUGAAAAAAAAAUAGAGGCCUGAUCUGAAGGGGCGUGUCAUUAGCAAGUAAAACCAAGACCCGAGGGCAAAGAAGAAACCCAAGGAAACCAAUUAUGACUUACAACAACAGAGAACUGGUGGUAUACUAUAUUACCUAUAAACUAUCACAGAGAGACUACCCCUUCAACCACAUUGGGCUCACAGAAGCUCCCAGUCGGACUGAGGGGGAUGAGGGGGGACAGGUGGAAGGGGGGGCGGCAGUCACGACACACCCCAACGGCACAGUGAACGGGACGAGUCCUGGGACUCCACCGCGACAGUCUCCCCCCUCGUCCCCUCAGCGGACAAUGGGCCUGGACGCAGUGAAAGAGGCAUUGCGGGACUCUGCCAACGAGUUUGAGCUGCGUUAUGCCAGAGCGUUCAGUGACCUGUCCUCCCAGCUGCACAUCACGCCGGCCACAGCCUACCAGAGCUUCGAGAACGUGAUGGAUGAGGUUUUCCGUGACGGUGUGAACUGGGGACGUGUGGUGGGCCUGUUUGCCUUCGGAGGGGCCCUCUGUGUAGAGUGUGUGGAGAAGGAGAUGAGCCCACUAGUGGGACGGAUUGCAGACUGGAUGACUGUAUACCUGGACAACCACAUUCAGCCCUGGAUCCAGAGCCAAGGAGGAUGGGACCGGUUUGCAGAGAUCUUUGGGAAGGACGCUGCAGCUGAGAGCAGGAAGUCUCAGGAGAGCUUUAAGAAGUGGUUGCUUGCGGGGAUGACACUGGUUACAGGAGUCAUCGUAGGGUCACUCAUUGCUCAGAAACGCCUGUGAGAUCGACAAGCACAGACGCCAUCUUGUAGGGGGGGGAAUGAAGGAACUUUUUUACUUUCGUAUUUCUCCUUUAUUUGCCAAGAAAGGACAUGUUUACGGUUUAACCUUAUAUCCCACAAUGCACUGAGGUCUCUCUGACUGUUGACUGUUGAGAUUAAAGAGUGAUGGUCACUAUAAUGUUACCCUCAUCAAACACCUCCCUGCAACACCCUAAAACACAAGAAAAUGGAGGCGGAUAGAACUGUCUUGGACCAAAUGUUCCUCAGUUUCCUUUUUACUCUUUCCUGUGUCUUCUCCAAUUUGCUGUAUUCAUUUGGUUUUACAAAUUGACUUUCAUUUUGCAUGAUGUGCUCCAUCUAUAGGCAAGUCUGUGCUGAUGGGGAUUUACUAGCCCCAUCUCUGAGGUUAGUCUUGUUGAUGGUCUCUAACCCCCAAAAAACUUGCCACCUGUAAAAGGGGGGGAAAUGGCACUGAAAAUCAACAUCUGUCCACCUCAGUGUAGUUUUGACAUGGCUGCUUUGUAGAUGCAGUGCACUCCAAACAACCUAGCCAAAAGACAGCCAAUAUCACACUCACUAGCUCAAUGUGUUAAUUGUAAAUAUUUUUUUUCAUCUCCAAGUUGUAAGUGUAACAAGUGAUUGAGACAGUUUUCGAUCUUGACUCUAGUGCGCCACGUCAGGCGCAUUGGCCUGUAAUGAAUGAGGUGAUAGUUUUCCAUGUGUGUUCAUUGGUUUGUGUAUUGUUUUUUUUUUUUAAAACCAUUAAAACCCACGUGAUAAUUUCCUGUCCUGAUGGUGGUAAAUGCGUACCUGACACACACACCGCCCUGGCUAGACAGAAAACACAAGGUGCACAACAAACCAAGAGCCAGUGAUGAAGAGGAGUAUUUAUUCUAGCAGCUGUUGGUACAAAGGUUGUUUUCUUAUUAUAAUGGAGGAAAAGAUUGUUCAGUAUUUACGACUUGCAACACAGCCUAAUGAUUUGUUUCGCUAAUAAGAUCGUCGAAUGAAGCAGAAAAGCUAUUUAGUGGGUUAACAGAGCCGUUAGACUUCUAACGUGCAUAUAGCUCUUGAGACAUGAGAAACUGUUGGCAGGCAAGCUUCAGGGCGGGACCCAUUCAACCUGCCACCUCUGUCUCCGUGCCUUCGUUUCCACACAGUGGCACAUUCAUUUCUGUUCUCCCUGUCACCGCAGCUGAGGGCGUGCGUCACUCAACACAGGCCCACCUGCUGUUCAGAGCACAUCUCCUGUCAAACCUAGUCAGAGACAGGGGAAAACCAUUCCUUAGUUUCCAAACAUCUUUAAACAGUCAGGAGGGUGUUUGUCAUCUGCCGAUUUUUAUGGUGUCACGCUCCUGAGCUGACAGUUAGGUGAGGCGAGAUGGGUGCAACCCAUCUAUACUCACAUUCUAACCGAUCUCUGCUUCAGGGAACGGAGCCCUAGGGACAUAGGGGGUCCUCUUGUGUAGCAGGUACAGUUGUAAACACAGUCCAGACUCACACCAGCCAGGGGCUCCUGUUUGCAGCUGUUUCCUGUUUCAAAGCUGGAUUGAUGCUCUCACACUUGCAGUGUUUUUCCCACAUUUCAUUUAAAAAGUGUAGCAGAGCUAUGUUUGGACUGAAGGCGCAACCAUUUUUCCUAUGCUGUGUUUUGUCAAAGCUCUGAGUUUAUUCAGCCCAUGUUUUCUAUGCAUUUCCUGCAAAAUAUUGGUGACAGAACAUUUAAAAGUACAUGUCACAGUUGUCUGCUUUUCUCUAGUGGCAAUGAAUAACUGGUUUCAUUAGGAAACAUAUCUGCCUGCCAUUAACCUCUAUUAUAUCAGACAAAGCCUCUGACAUAGUGCCCUACAGGGUAUUUAGGUGAGUCUGAUGUGGAGCAUGUGUUCAGGUAUGCUAUCCUGCUUAGGGUCUUGAUGCUCGUCUGACUGAAAAAUAAUCAGGCUUUCACUUUACCUAUGACUAAAUGCUACUUUUAGAUAAAUGUUCCCCAACUGAUCAUGAACACACCAUUUCAUCACAGAUCUGAUUUGAUACAUUCCAAUACAGUAUAUUUUUCUAGUGUGCCCCACAAGCUGCUUGCAGGCUUUCUCCAAUGUUACCUUUUUGUUAUGUGAAGAAGUUCCCUCCACUUAUGUGAGAUUGUGUGCAUGCGUGUGGAAUGGACAAGGAAUCUAAACCGCAUUGACACACUAUGUAUACUAGUUAUUUAAAACAAUGAUUUAGAAUAGUAUCAUAGCUUAGUAACAUAUUUAAGAAAAGUGACUUUGAAAUGUUAUUUAAGAUAUUUAGGGGAAAGUAUAGUGUCCCUUCCAAUGGCCUGAAAUUCCAUCUUUGUAUAUGGCUGCAUUUACACAAGCAGCCUAAUUUAUAUUUUUUUCCAAUCACAUGUUCUGAAUUGGGGCUGUCUGUUUAAAUGUAUCCUUUGUAUUUGUGUUUUAACUGCUGAAAUAGUUAUUUCCCCAUUUGAUAGGUGUCAAGCUCAUUCCAUGGCGGGUCAAUUGUCUGUAGGAUUUUCCUUUCAAUUAUGCUCCAGGUGUGCAGAGUUCAUUAGUGAGCUUAAUGCCUCAAUCAAGGACGAGGGAAGUGCAAAAACUCAGACACUCAGCCCUCUGGAAUGAAUUUGAUACCUAUGGCUUAAAGGAGGGAACAUGAAUGGUCUGUCACAAUUCCAAUGUAAUGUGUAGAUUACAUGAAACUAAUAAAGACCCAUCUGGAA